AUGGUGCUGGUGUUGGCCCUAGGGGAUUUGCAUGUGCCCCACAGAGCACCUGAUCUCCCUGCAAAGUUCAAAUCAAUGCUUGUCCCUGGCAAGAUUCAACAUAUUAUUUGCCCUGGAAAUUUAUGUAUUAAAGAAGUUCAUGACUACUUGAAGACUCUUUGUCCAGAUUUGCAUAUAACUCGUGGCGAGUAUGAUGAAGAGUCGAAAUAUCCAGAGACUAAAACACUAACCAUUGGUCAAUUUAAGCUUGGACUUUGCCAUGGUCAUCAGGUUAUUCCAUGGGGAGACCUAGAUUCACUAGCAAUGCUGCAAAGGCAACUUGAUGUAGACAUCCUUGUGACAGGUCACACCCAUCAGUUUACAGCAUACAAACACGAGGGUGGUGUAGUUAUAAAUCCAGGCUCUGCAACUGGUGCCUAUAGCAGUAUCACAUAUGAUGUGAACCCAAGUUUUGUCCUCAUGGACAUUGAUGGUCUGCGUGUUGUGGUCUACGUGUAUGAACUGAUUGAUGGAGAGGUUAAGGUUGACAAGAUAGAUUUCAAGAAAACAUCCUCAAACCAGUCUGCUCACUGA